CAAUGCAGCUCAGUUCUUGAGGCAACAUCUCUCCAGCCAGCAAUGUCACUCACCAAAGGAUUUCUGCUCAGCCUGAUGGCCGUCCUGCUUCUCCUUCUCUCGGCCGCUAUCGGCUCUCCUGCCAGAGGCUACUAUAGUUCACCACAACGCGGCGGACGCAGUUAUACGGACAUUGCCCGUGUGGUAAAUCCCAAUCCAUAUGCCUUCGUUGGAUCUCGAAACUAUCCUGGGCAGCCUUUCUGGCCAGCGGGAAAAUGAAGUCCCAGAGGUCUCCUCCUAUGCCUAAGAAGUGUACAAGACUUCACUCAGUUUUAGAUGUGCAAAGGACUGAAAUACUCGCUGCACAUUCCUCUAGAAUAAGCUAAGCUAAAGUAAUCCUAAUUUAAGCAGUGAUUCAAAAACUGAAUACUGAAAGUAUUAAUGUGAAUUAAGUGUGAAAUAAAUGUGAAAUACUCAGAGACCU